AUGAAACUCACUCCACUUGUUCUAAGCUUGACCGCCACCACUGCUCUUGCGGGUAGCACCUGGUGUAACCGUGGCCAGUAUUAUUGUGGCUGGCUUCUCAACCAAUCUGCAAACCCCCCUACCUAUCAAGCCAAUUCAAUCUAUUUAUGCGACAACCCCGGUGGCGAUCAAAGUUUCGUUAAGGGUUGCCCAAGUGGAUGUUCUGGCUACCCAGCUCAAUGCCAGUGUUGA